AUGGAUAAAGUUACAGGUAUCUUUUUAAGGAAAGAAGUUAAAGAACUGCGAGAAAAGGGUGCAAGCUGGGGUCUAAGUAAAGAGCAAAUAGACGAGGCCAUUCUGCGCGCUUUGGGAGGUAAGCGUAUAAAUUUUAAAAGCUUUCUCUUCUUUUUCAUCUUGAUGAAAGCAGAAUAUAUACAUAUACUUUCGAUUGACUUCAUACUUAACUUAAGAGUAUUUCUGUUUCUCGUAUCUAUACUGACAGAUAUACAAGCUUAUUUUGAUUUUCGUGGAUAAAGAAUUAACAUUAGCAUUCAGAUUGAAGUUAGUUAGCCAUGCUAAAAGCUUAUAUUGAAGAUCAACCGACUGCUAUUUCAGUUGGUCCAAAACGUCACACAUUUCCAUCAACCCACAUAAAAACGAAUAUUGAACCCACGUGGCUAUUUGCCUAUUUAUAUACCCUUUGAGAGUUUUUAGAACACUGUUGUAUAUUUCUAUGGCAAUCCUCAUUUUUUUUCCUUUAGCGUCGAAUGCGUUUCCUGAUAUUGGGUCGGUCGGCCGGAUAUUUGAAAAAAAAAAACCUAAAAAAAAAAUCACAAGAAGUAUCGGAAUAGGAGGCCCUGGUACCCCAGGAUGACGUUAAAAGUUAACAUUAACAUAUUUGGAUUAACAAAAUGCACAAUAUAAUGUAAAAAAUCUUCCUGUUUUUGUUCCUGUUUUUCUCUAUGCUGUUAAUAUGCUCAUUUUUCAGAUUAAAAGAAUUAUUGCAAGUGAAAAUGGGUUAACUACGACACUCCUUUUGUUUUUUUUAGGAUGGCCUAUUAGUUUUUUCAUUAAAGGAAAAUCAAAAUUAAUGUUAAAAACUACAGCUUAAAUGUUGCUGAACAGGUAUCUCUUUUAUUUGUUUUCAAUUUUGCAGAAAGACCUUCCCAAUCUCCUCCUAAGGAUGACAGUAAAACUAAAACCAAGAACCGCAGCUACCUCUGUUGUUGUUUACAAGUGGCAGGAUUUAUUCUGUUGUUACCAGUUGUACUGUACAUGACAGUGUCAUUGUUAAGUAGUGCAAAUCCAUCAAUUGGGUUGUACAUUGGACAGGCAACAGCUGACCUUCAGUACCCCCUGCAGCGAGUCAUUCGUUUUAUGUCUCUUCCCGUUCAUCGUAUCUAUGACUUAUCAAAGCUCAGUUCUUGGGAAUGCAUGGUGAAUAAUCCAUUGUAUACUCCAGGUAAUAACUCAGAGCUGUGCUGUAGUGGCACCUGAUUGCCCCUGACACCUUAAGUUUGCUCUUGGGUGACUAGGAAGCUGCGUUUUUGGUGAAAAUGAUAGGCUGCGUAGCCUAAAUUUCACAGGUUAGGGUCAGAUAAGCAAUACAUCCUCUGUUCUUUAGAGCACAGACUUGUAAAUGGAAAAGUCAAAUCUUUUUUACCCUAAAAGUCUCAAGAGCGACAAACAUCAAUAAUGAUUAUUUUUCUCCUGUCAAUAUUAAUGAAAUCAAGAGUAAAGGUUGUUAGAAUUAUUGAAAUGUUCACCACUUUAACCUAGAAUAGGUUGUGAUUUGGGGCACCCAAUCACCCUCCUAAUCUGUUUGUAAAUAUUAUGAGAUUGAAGUACUAUGCAUGUCUGGGUUGUAACUCUUCUUGAUACUGUUGACAGCAAGUAUACAAUCUUAAGGUUUGAGAAUUGGCCUGAUUCAAAAGGACUUAGAGGGUGGGUUUUGUAAACUGUGUUUGAAAUCUGUGUUAUGGUUGAACCUCUUCAAAACAGCCAUCUUGGGGACCAAAGAAAGUGGCCAUUAUAAAGAGGUGGCCAUUGUAGAGAGGUUUAAACAACAGUCAUUGUAUGGAUAAUUUUAUUUGUCCACGGGGACAAAAAAACUGGCUUUUUUUGAGAGGUAGCCAUUGUGGAGAAGUGGCUGUUAGUGGUGGUUUGUCUGUAAUAACCUGCUACAGUUUCCAUUGAUUUCACCUGUCUUUGCAGAUAAACCUGACUGUGAAUUAUGCAAGUCCGUGAAGAAAAUUGCAGCCCGCUCCAGUGCAAAUCUCACAAAGGCAACCUUCAAAAGGCGCUACUAUGACACUGGGUACCCUGUUUUAGUGAGGAACAUGCCAGCUUAUGGGGAUACAGAGCACAGCUUUGAAAAGUUCAUGACAUUUUUCAAGGAAAAUCAAGCAGACUUGGAGCAUGAUGCCUGUGAGUUCUACACAAAUGGAGCUUUAAAUGAAUCAGUCAAAAGCCUGACAGAAUUCUUGGCAGAGUGGAACCAUUACCAGGCAGCGGGAAAAACCAUAUCUUGGUUAGUGACAUUAUUAAUUUUCUAAAAAUUCAAAGCUUUUGUUUUGGGACAAUUCCUUUUUGAAGGAUUGCCAACACAACCCAGCUUAUCCAGCUCUAGUUAUGGUGAUCUUUUUGCAUCUUGUAGGGAGAAGAGAGGAGGGGGUAUUAAGGAAAGAAGAGUGGGGAUGGAAAGAUGGAAAAUAGGGGGGAGGGGAAAUGAGAGGAGGGGAGAGGAGGUAGAUAAAAGGAAGUGAAGUGGCAAAAAGUGAAAAUGCAAAGCAAAGGAAGAGGGGAGGGAAGAGAAGAGAGAGUAAAGGAGGUGUACACUGUAGGAAAGGAAUGUACUGGUAUCAAGAAGUGAAAGAGGUUUAUGAGAAAUGGUGCAUGGCAGAGUCGGGAGAGGUAAGGAUGUUAAGUAAAGCUAGAAAAGAGGGGGUUAGAAGUGAAGCAAAGAGUGGAAGGAGGAGACAGGGAGGAGGUAAUGGAAAAGAAGAGAAGUAGCAUGAAGUGAAAAAGAGGUAAGUUAAGUAGAGGGGUGUAAAGGGAAGGGAACGGAGAGAAAGGGGGAUAUAGGAAAGGAAUGGGUUUCAAGUAUUAGGGAAAAAAUUUACGAGAAGAGGAGUAGAGAGGGGAGGGGAGGGGGGAAAUGAUGUAAAGGAAAGGAAAAGGUUGGCUAGAAGUGAAGCAAAGAGGGGAAGCCAGGGGAGGAGGUAAUCAAAUGGAAAGGAAGAGAUGUGGCAUGAAGUGAUGUAAGGAGAGAAGAGGAGGUACAAAGCAAAGGGAGGAAAGAGCAGAGAAGUGGAGAACAGGUAGGCAAGAGGGAAGACGGGGAUCAGAAAGGGCUGGACAGGAGAAGAGAGAAUAAACAGAAGACACAAAAUGUUUUCUGUAGAAUUGAACAUGACCUGAUUUUUUUCUGUUUUGUCAUUUUAGGAAGAUUUGCUAUGGUAAGGGCUUAAGAAUGCUGCGAACCAUGUUUCCUCGUCCUUACUGCAUUCACAGUGAGGGUGCUUUAGACAAAUCAAUUUAUCUGCUGCAACCAGGUGAACCAUUGGAAGAAGGUGUCACUGAUAAAGAAAUCAUUUCAGAGGCCGUAAGUACUCUGCUUACCCUGUAG